AUGGAGCGCCGAGACGAGGACAAAGCUAGUAGCACGACUAGUGGCGCGAGCCUUGAAGAGCGCCUGAGAAUGGCUUCCAUCAACGCUCAACACGGCCGCCUUCCUGAUUUCCCGGCCGCAUACACUUAUGUUGAACCUCCGAAGACUAACGCGACUGAUGUCAGACCGUUUCUCAAAUCUCUAAGCGACGAAGAGCAAGCUCUGAGUGCGCACGAUACGGACAAGCCACCUUUCGCUCGCCCAUCCGAAUCUUCCUCCUCCUGGCAACAGCCAUCCCGCGUCUCUCAAGGUCAACCCUCCAUCUCAUCGGCAGAUAUGGAUCGCCGACUUCGUCAAAAUAAGCCACGCUUGUUGCUGAUGGGCCAGCGCCGAAGCGGCAAGUCCUCCAUCACCAGUGUUGUCUUCCACAAGAUGCCUCCACAAGAGACCCUGUUCCUCGAAUCUACCACUCGUAUCCAGAAAGACACCAUGCACUCCUUCAUGGACUUCCAAGUCUGGGACUUUCCUGGACAAAUCGACUACUUCGACCCCACGUUUGACACCAACGAAAUCUUUUCUGAGAUUGGAGCACUCGUCUGGGUCAUCGACGCGCAAGAUGACUAUAGCGAGUCCUUGAACCGUUUGACCACCACGAUCCUCAACCUCCAAACCACCUUUCCCCACGUCAACGUCGAGGUCUUCAUCCACAAGAUCGACAGCUUGAACGAUGAGUUCCGAGCUGAAAUCUACCAGGACAUCGCACAGCGCGUCGGUGACGAUCUGAACGACGCAGGCUACAUCAACCCUAACGUCAGCUACCACAUGACUUCGAUCUACGACUACUCCAUUUUCGAGGCAUUCAGCAAGGUCGUCCAGAAGUUGAUCCCACACCUUGACACUUUGGAGAACCUCAUGAACACCCUUGUCAACAACAGCGGCAUGGCCAAAGCCUAUCUCUUCGACAUCCUCAGCAAGAUCUACGUUGCUAGUGAUACGAGACCAGUUGACAUGGAGGUGUACGAAAUGUGUUCUGACUACAUCGACGUCAUUGUGGACAUCACCGACCUUUACGGACACGAGCGCAAGCACGGCUUGGUCCUCGGAGAGCAGAUGCAAGAAACAGAAUCUUCCAUGACAAUCCAUGACGGUACCAUGAUCUACCUCAAGGAGAUGAAUAGAUACCUCUGCCUCGUCACCGUUAUCAAGAAUGAUGACGCCAAGAACAAGAAAGGAUUGAUCGAUUACAACUGCCACAUUUUUCAGGAGGCCCUCAACCAAGUCCUCGCACAGGCUUGGAAUACAGAGAAGGCCACCGGCACCGAGGAGGGUGCGGAGCAGGGUGGCGAGGUGUUAGACCACCAGACAACGCAAGGAGACAAUUGA